UAAAUCUUUCCCGUAACAAACCAACAACUCAAAGCAGUAAUUAUAGUGUAAAAGAAAACUCUCCCAUUGUACACACAUCGGAGAAUGCUGUGGAUGGCAUAUAUAAUCAACGGUUGGACAAUAAUUCGUGUGUACAUCAGGCUUUGGAACAAACUGAAGUAUGGUGGAGAGUAGACCUACAGAAAGAAGUCACCAUAGAAAACGUCGAGAUAUAUUAUAGAGAAGAAAAUAGUUGGACUGGAUGGAAAAACCGAUUUGCUGGAUACGAGGUGUAUCUUUCAAACACAACCGAGAGACGUCGUGAAGAUCGAUGUUUCAUCGAUGUAUCACAGAGUGUGGACGACAUCCAAAGUCAUGUCAACCACCAUGAAUGUAAUGGUACAGCACAGUACGUGACGAUAUACAACCACAGGGAAUCACCUAAACGACAAUGGUGGUAUAGUGAUGACGCCCUUCUGGAACUGUGUGAAGUAAAGGUGUAUGGAUGUGAAGUAGGGAAAUAUGGAUCUAGAGACUGUGACCUAACCUGUCCUUCCAGUUGUCGGGGCGGCCUGUGUAACCCCAGGUCUGGACAUUGUCUAGGCUGUCAAAACGGUUAUUACGGAUUCAAAUGCGCACAUCGAUGUCCAGUUAACUGUGGAAGCAAUGGAUGUGACAAGGCUUAUGGAGACUGUACAGGCUGUCAAAACGGUAAUUACGGAUUCCAAUGCUCAUAUCGAUGUCCAGUUAACUGUGGAAGUAAUGGAUGUGAUAAGGAUAAUGGAGAUUGUACAGGCUGUCAAAACGGUUAUUACGGAUUCAAAUGCGCACAUCGAUGUCCAGUUAACUGUGGAAGCAAUGGAUGUGACAAGGCUUAUGGAGACUGUACAGGCUGUCAAAACGGUAAUUACGGAUUCCAAUGCUCAUAUCGAUGUCCAGUUAACUGUGGAAGUAAUGAAUGUGAUAAGGAUAAUGGAGAUUGUACAG